ACGCGCGCGCGCUCUCGGGUACGCGGAAAGGCGCUUUCGGAUCGCAAAUACGGACGUCGGAGUGCGAUAUCGAAGAAACGAGAUCGAAACGUUCUCUCGUGAGAUGUCAAGCACCACGCGUCGUUAUGAUGGGUUGAGUGUCAUCCUCAAUAGCGAGAGCCUUUACGAGACUGUCAGAUUUAGCGAGACAACGACGUGUCUUCGCACGAGGGGGCAUCUCCUCGCGGUGAGAGGAAAAGAAAAGGCGUGCUGUACACCGAGUGAAAGUAAGAAAAACACUCUUUUUCUUCGUGAAAAGCGACACAAAGAACAAAGGGCCGCGACGUGGACACACCGCUUUUCCGUAAUCGAUCAAGCCAAACCACGAGAUCGUCGAUCGAUGCUCAAUCGCGAGCAAUGGAGCCCGAGAUACCUUUAAUACAGGGGAUUCUUCUUCUACCGCCUCAAGGAGUGCUAGGACAACUCAAGAAAUCGUGGCACAAAAGAUUUUGUCAGCUCUUCAAGGCGAGUAAUUAUGGAAUUGAACGUCUGGAGAUAUACGAUAAUCAUGAAGAAGCAAUAUUGCAGUUACAUUCUCCUCGUAUUGUUACUUUGGAAGCUUGCGUUAAAAUUGCCCCAAGUAACCAUUCGCACGUAUUUACUGUGGUUACAAAGUCAGGCGUACACUACUUCGGAUGUUGUUCGGUAGCAGAUAUGUGCAGGUGGAUCAGUGCAUUCCAAUUAGUUGCAUUUAAGGAUAAGUUAUCAAAACAAACAAUAGAAGAGAAUACAGACUUAUACUGCACGAGUGGCGAAGGAGUAUUUUCUGUGAAGGUAGUAGAGACAGACGCGUCUAAGCGUUGCGGUUUAGAAACAAGAACUUAUACCUUGGUAGUCGCUGCUGUUGAUAUUAAAUUGAUGGAUGGGGAUGUAGUCUUAUUCACAUGGCCUUACAGAUAUAUUAGAAGAUAUGGAUAUAGAGAUGGAAAGUUCACCUUUGAAGCUGGAAGAAAAUGUGAAUCUGGAGAAGGCUCUUUUUGUUUGGAGCAUGGUAGUCAGCAAGAAAUCUUUCGUUGCAUGUAUUCAAAGAUGAAAUCUAUGAAAAAAUUACUAAAUGGAGACAAUAGCCCAAGUAUAGAGUGCAAUGACACUCAAUAUCAUGCUGCUUUAUCUAUGGAAGCUGGCUCCAGAUCGCCACUGCCUCCUUCUCCAAAUAGCUCUGCAAAUUUAAUAGAUAUAGAUUUUUCUGCUAUAACUCCAAAUUCUCAAAAACAGUUAAAUUCGUCUUCUAGUUCAGAUUCGACUCCUGUUUCAAGACCUUCUCCUCCAAUUAUCAAACCAAAGCCCGCAAAACCACCACGCAAGAACAUAUUUACAGGUUUACUAGACAAGAAAAAUAUAGAUGUGGAAACGCUUGAUUUCUCUAGUUCCAGUGAACAAAAACACUUCAGUAAUACUAAUUCACCAGAAUCAUCACAAAAAAGUGUGAAUAGCUCUAUACUAGAAGAAGAAAAACAUUCCUAUGAUUUAGUAGAAGUUCGAAAUGAUGCUUGGAAGACUCAUGGUACAGACAAUAUACAUCACACGGAAAGAUACAAUCCUUCUUUAAUUAGAAAUAAUAAAGAUAAAGAAAAUAAUGAAGAUAGCCAAUACGAGAUGAUGAUGCCUGUUAACACGUCACAGAAUUCAUCAAAAAAUAAAAGCAAUACUAGUGAAAUAAUUAGUAUUUCAUCAUCUAUAUUUCAUACGUCUUGUAAAACAUCUGAUGUAUCCGAUUAUGAUGAACUGCAAAAUUUUGGCUCGGCAUCUAAACUUAUUCCAAUAGCCACGCACAAAAUAUCAACUGUAUCUUCAACAACUCAAAAUACACAUAGUACAACUCAAACUACAGUAUCAAAUUCUACCGCUGAUUCGAAUGCGACGUGGUCCAAUUAUGACAUCGUUGAAGAUAUUUCUUCUGUUAGAUUAGCAGAUGACAGUCAUCUUGGAUACGCUGUUAUUAGAAAAAAGACUUCCUCUGAAUCAACUUCCAUUAAUACGAAUAUGGGACCAAAGCCUAAAGUUUACAAUGAUGGUGAAUACGCGAUUGUAUCGAAACCAAAAAGGAUUAUUAUUCCUAAAAUAUCAUAAGAAGAAUAUAAAUGGACAACAUUCUAAUAUUAACAAAAAUUUAGAACACACUUCAAAUAUAUAUAUAAAUAUUAGAAAUUUAUCACGCAACAGAAGAUGUACAUAUUAUAAAAUAAAUUUAUAGUAAAGUCUUAA